AUGGAAAUAAUAAAAAAUGAAAGCCAGGAAAAUAAAAGAACAGUUUAUGUGAAUAAGCCGUUAGGUCAUUCAGUAAUACUUGAAAAGGAUGCUACUACGUCGUAUUCAACGAAUCAAGAAAAAGUUUAUUAUAAUAAUACGGGAACUGUUGAAGAGACUCAUGUUUUGGAAAGUUCGGGUAGAAGUACCAAUAAUUUUGCAGAGGAGCAUUGGUCAUCAGAAAUUAAGUCAUUUGUAACCUUGCAACCACCUAAAUUCAUACAGGUUAUCAAAGCAUUUCGAGUACUAACCACCGAUACGUUAACUUUGAUUGUUGAAGUUGAAAGUGAUCCACCUGCUAUUUUUGAGUGGUUUUGUAACGACCGACCUGUACAGCAGAACCGGCGGAAAUUGAAGGCAUGUCAUGGAAUCAACAUUACCACCUUAACCGUAGAGGGCCCGGAACAAGGUGUGUAUAAAUGUACUGCCAGAAAUCCCGCUGGUGUUUCUACUACUUACGGAUAUGUUACAGUAAAUGCUCCACCAACAUACGAACAGUGGUCUACACAAAACAAGAAGGGUGUUGAGGAGAUGUUCAACAAAGCAAUCGACGAGCAAAAAAUUCGUGUGGUCUCUGAUAUACCACCAAAAUUCGUUCAGCAAAUACCAAAUUUAACAUUGCGACCAGGUAUCGAAGCUGUUAUUGAUGUAGAAGUAAAAGCAUCUCCUCCUGCUAAAUUUUUGUGGUUCGUGAAUGGCGUAGAAUAUCGAGAUACAUUAGGAUUAGGACAAACGGAAAUUUAUUACCCAAUGGUAAACCGUUGCAUAGCUCGAUUUUUAAUACCACAAACAGGAGAAUACAAAGUAAUAGCAGAAAAUAGAGCUGGUAAAGCAGAAAGUAUCGGAUAUGUGAAUAUUAAACAAGAUUUUCAAAUUUAA